AUGCUGACCACCUUUUUGGACGGCCUUCUCUGCUGCCUGACGGGGAAGUCGGCCAACGUUGUGGUUCCCAUAGAAACCUCAGAACCCGCUGAUGGCUACGAGUUUGUGGAGGUCAAACCAGGUCGCGUCCUGAGGGUCCGACACGUCAUCCCGGAGCGGGAGGUGGAGGAAGAGCCCAGCGGGCCAGGGGGAAGCGUCCACUGCAAGAGGAAGAUCACAGUGUAUCGUAACGGACAGCUACUGAUAGAAAACCUGGGGGAUGCGGUGAGACAGGAGCUGUUACAUGCUCCGAACGGAGAAGCAGAACCCAACUGUACAGUAGAGGUAGAGCUCGCAGACCCACCUUCCAAUCCAACUCCCAAUCCUGACACCAAAGUGGACAAGACAGGGUCAGUGGUUGGGACAGGGGGAAGUGGGGCAGGGGGAGCGGCAACAGCUCCACCCCGGAAGCGACGGCGGAAGCCCAAGCGCACAGUGGUGAUCGACAGCGAGAGGAAGAUCACAUCAUGUAAGGGGACACACGCGGACGUGGCACUGUUCUUUGUGCACGGUGUGGGCGGCUCGCUGGACAUCUGGGGCAGUCAGCUGGACUUCUUCUUCCGUCUGGGCUAUGAGGUCAUCGUGCCAGAUCUGGUAGGUCACGGGGCGAGCUCGGCGCCCCAGAUCGCGGCGGCAUACACGUUCUAUGCCCUGGCCGAGGACAUGAGGGCCAUCUUUAAGAGAUAUGCACGGAAAAGGAACAUUCUCAUCGGACACUCUUAUGGUGUGUCAUUCUGUACAUUCCUGGCCCAUGAGUACCCCGACCAGGUCCACAAGGUGGUGAUGAUAAACGGAGGAGGCCCCACAGCCCUGGAGCCCAGCCUUUGUUCCAUCUUCAACCUGCCCACCUGCGUCCUGCACUGCCUCUCCCCCUGCCUCUCCUGGAGCUUUCUCAAGGCUGGGUUUGCCCAUCAGGGUGCGAAGGAGAAGCAGCUGUUGAAAGACAACAAUGCUUUCAACGUGUCCUCCUUCGUGCUGCGUGCCAUGAUGAGUGGCCAGUACUGGCCAGAGGGCGACGAGGUGUACCAUGCAGAGAUCACUGUGCCCAUCCUACUGGUGCACGGCAUGUACGACAAGUUUGUGCCCGUGGAGGAGGAUCAACGCAUGGCAGAGAUCUUGCUGCUGGCCUUCCUGAAGAUAAUCAAUGAGGGCAGUCACAUGGUGAUGAUGGAGUGUCCCGAGAGCGUCAACACCCUCCUGCACGAGUUCUUCCUCUGGGAGCCAGACUCCGCUCCUAAAUCUAAACCACGACCUGAAACCGCCAAUGCCCCCACUGCAUCCAACGGGGGAGACUCUUGUGAGGGAGAGGAGUUUGAGUCCAUUGCUGAGGAGAUAAAGGACCAGUGCGACUCCUUGAUUGCCGGGAACAACGAGGGCAAGUCCGAUGCCCCUAUUGCCGAGGAGAUCCAGUCCGACUCCUCCGUUUCCGAGGAGAUCCAGUCCGACUCCUCCGUUUCCCGAGGAGAUCUAGGCUGA